GGAAAGAACGGAGUAGCAGACCUUGAGUUUCAUUUCUCUCAAAUAUUUACUGUGAAAUGAAAUUACUGUACGAGCGAUGGAUCUUGGAGUAUUCUGACUGAAUUUCGUAAUCCCUGAAUAACGAAAUAAUCCAUUGGUGGCUCCUCACCAACCAAAGAAGAAUUUGAAAUCCAGAGAAAGUUCGACAGAAAGACGAACUUAUGAAGAUGUACUUGUCGCUAGAGACGACGAUUCGCUUCGUAAAAAUAUCGUCGAGACCGAUCUUCGGUUGGCCGUUGCCUCUUGGCACUAAGCGUAUCAUGAUCCUGAGACGUCGGAUUUUGAGGAUCUUAUCGAUGGCUCAUAUGAUAAUUAUACUUUUAGCACUGAUGUUCUAUAUUUACCGCAACAGAGAAGACCGCCUCAACUUGUUCUUGUGCAUGACAGAGAUGUCGGCAGCAUGUGGUCUGAUGGCAUUCAUCGUCAUCUGUCAUAUCGACGAAGACCUCGUUCUAGUUGAGUAUAAACGGCUCUUCAUUGCCCUAUCAAUCUCUGUUGAAAGAAAAUGAGUUACAGGCCGAUGUUUAAUUUUCUGACAGUGAACGUGCAUGGUAAAUUUCACGCGGAGGGAAAUUCCGUGUCUCAGUUAUGGUCGAUGAAAAUUAUAACAACUUUGAAAGCUUUCGCUGCAUUGAUAACCGAAAUGACGACGUUCGUGAGAAAUGCUACGGAUCAAGAAUUAGCUGUGAUUCGGUUCUACAUGAGAAAGUGUUCAUUACUCCAUACAAUGGUUAUCGCAGUGGACAUUCUCGGUCUGAUUGUGUACCUUUUGGCACCCAUUGUUCUAUCUCAGUCCUUACCGAUUAAGACCGCAUACCCGUUUUCAAUAGAGCCAUUUUGGAUUUGGGCUCUUCUGUACGGCGAAAAUCUUUUCGCUAUUCUCCAAGUUGCAUCCGCAGUGUGCAUGAGCCUGAUCUUCGUUGAUUUAACCUGGUUCGCCGCUGCCAGAUUUGAUAUCGUGAACACGGAAAUCGAAAGGGCGAGCAACCUGAACGAAGUCAACAAAUGUGUUCUACGUCACCAAGAAUCGCUAGAGUUUGCGAGCAGACUGUCGAAGACUGUGGGUCGUAUGGCUUUAGCGGUGGCCGCAUCGAACUUCGCUGCCGUUAUGUUUGGAGGAGUCGUGAUCACUUUUAGGCAAUUCUACUCACUUGAUUUCGUCAAGGUGAUCGCCUUCGAGAUGAUGUCCAUGGUCCAUCUUUUUCUGUACGCCUGGCCAGCGGACUACUUGGCUGAGUUGAGUCAACGAGUAUCGGAAUCCGUUUUACAUGGCCAGUGGCUAGGCAAAUCGCCUAAGAUGCAACGCUCGGUAUUGAUUAUGAUGCAAAGGGCCAAUGAUCCAGUCAUAAUCAAAGUCGACGGCCUGCUUCCUGCCUUGAACCUGGAAACGUUUGGAGUUGGGUUAUCAACCGCUUUCUCGUAUAUCGCAACGCUUCUCGCUAUUUUCGACGAGUGA